GGAAAUAAGUUAUCAUCCAGGUUUAAUUGUAUCCCUAAAUAAAGAUCAUGAAUGAACCGCACGUGCACGCAUGUGCCUUACCUAGGGGACAAGUGCAAGGUUAAGAAAAUUGAGUGAUUUUUUUAGACCUGGUUUAUAUAUCGUUUUUGUUAUCCUAACAUCAGAUCUGAGAAUUGUGAGUAAUCAAGAGUUAUCGACAAGGUCGUGGAGGGGACAAGAGUUUAUUUUCUACAACAGACUCUGGGAGUUCGUUAAUUCCAGUUUGAUUUCUUAGUGAGAAACUAGCCAAAAAUGCAGUUUAAAAAGGUGACACAUGUUAUUUUCGACAUGGAUGGACUUUUAAUAGAGUCUGAAUCCAUUUAUGACGAAAUUAUUGGUGAUAUUGCCAGAAAUUAUGGUAAAGAAUAUACCGAAGAAUGUAGAGUAAAAGUGCUAGGUUCUCCAGAACUAGAUACGGCUAAAAUAGUUGUAAAAGAAUUAGGAUUACCUAUUACUCCUGAAGAAUUUUUGGUAGUUUACAAGAAAAGGCAAAUUAAAGAUCUUGCACAUCCACCUUUAUUACCUGGCGUUAGAGAACUGGUAAAACACCUUUACAAGAAUGAGAUUCCCAUUGCCGUAGCCACGUCAUCCUCCUUAGAAGCGAUGCAAGUAAAAACCAAAGAUCACCAAGAUGUUUUUAAAUUGUUCCAUCACAUUGUCUGUGGUAGCACGGAUCCAGCUGUUAAACAUGGAAAACCAGCUCCAGAUAUAUUUUUAGUAUGUGCUUCCAGAUUUCCUGAUAAACCUAGUCCUUCUAAAUGUCUCGUUUUUGAAGACGCUCCCAAUGGAAUCCGAGGAGCCCUCAGUGCUGGUAUGCAAGCUGUGAUGGUACCGGCUUCCUAUAUUUCUCAGGAACUUCGAAAACCUGCUACUCUAGUCUUGGAUUCCCUGUCGCAGUUCAAACCGGAGUUGUUCGGUUUACCUGCCAUAGAAUGAUCAAAUUUGUUUUUAGCACAAUUCAUUUAAAUAUUUAUUUAUUUAUUUAUCGAUAUUUUAUGUUUUAUAUAUAGAGGGCGGAAGUGAGUGUAACUGCCAAUUUUUUAAAUAACACUUGCACAAGAUAUUUUACGUCUAGUCCUGUCGCCAGGGGGGUACAACGGCCUCCUUUAUUCAGAUGGACUUACCCUAGUUUUUUUAUGUAUUUUGACCCGUAGAACACGAAUUUUUUGGGUAACAGUUGAUCCGGAUAUCGAUAAGAUUGUUAUAAACAAAGAACUUGAGGAAUUACAUAACGGCGAUUUCUCGCAAAACAAAACAUUUUUUGUAUUUUUUGGGUCGUUCUAAACAAAAAAUGUUCUUGCAAGUUUUUUCGUAGGCUGCAGUUUUCGAGAUAAACGCUGUUGAACUUUCAAAAAAUCGAAAAAUUGCAAUCUUUGAACCGAAUAACUUUUGAUUAAAAAAUAAAAUGGCAAUUCUGCUUACCGCAUUUGAAAGUUCAAGUGAGAUUAUACCGGUUUUGAUUAUUUGCAUUGCUAAAAAUUAAUUUUUUAUUGUUAAACAAAGCUAUAAACACAUAGUGCUUGAGUGUUGUUUUCAAUGCAUCUCUCAUUUAAAAUCGAACGAGUAGGCGCGCCUACAAACAGGCAAUUUCUACGUAGCAUGCGUUAAAACGCAUGCAUUGGACACGGGUCAAAACGCUCAAAUACUAUUUGUUUAUAGCUUUGUUUGACGAUAAAAUAAUUAAUUUUUAGCAAUGCAAAUAAUCAAAACCGGUAUAAUUUGACUUGAACUUUCAAAUGCGUUAAGCAGAAUUACUAUUUUAUUUUUAAUCAAAAGUUAUUCGGGUUCAAAAAAUGCAAUUUUUCGAUUUUUUGAAAGUUUAACCGCGUUUAUCUUGAAAACUAUGCAGCCUACGAUAAAACUUGUAAGAACAUUUUUUGCUUAGAAUGAAGGUAAAUUAAAUGUAAGACCAAAUACUUACGAUGUCGGGAUAGUAUCACGAGGUUUUUUUCCUGGUUUUCCCUCGUGAUUUACUAUGGAAUCUCUAACGCGAGAAUUUUACUGUCAUCGUUGCAUUUGGUUGUCUUUUUGCACAGAUCACAUGCUAUGAUUUUUUUGCGACGGAUAUUCUUGAGUUGGGAUUGAUUUCAUGUAAUCGAAUAAACUAUCUUUUAGUAAAGUCGUCCCAGGAACGCAACUCAUAAAUAUUGGCGAUAUCAUUUUAAAGUCUUCUACUUUAAAAUGUAUAAUAUACGUCUGCAUUGCCAAUAUAAAUGAGUCAGAUUAAAUAAAUUAUUAGAAGAAUUUUUUUACUUAGCAACAAUAUUUUUGUUUAUUUUAAUAGUAUUUUGUAUUUUGACAACGAAACCCGAUUUGGGCUUCGAAACGUUAAUAAAUUCAUUUUUUAGUAAAAUUGUGGCUUAUUUCCCAUAGAAAAUACUUAAUUAUAAAAAUGCCACAAGGAAAUAGCUUCAGAACAACAAUGAACCAGAAUAUAUAAAAAAAAUUUGUUUCGCGAAAAAUCGCUGUUAUGUAGCGAAAAAUCGCUGUUAUGUAAUUCCUCAAAUUCUUUAUUGAUAACAAUCGUAUCGACAUCCGGAUUAACUGUUACCCAAAAAAUUCGUGUUCUACGGCUCAAAAUACAUAAAAAAACUUGGGUAAGUCCUUCUGAAUAAAGAAGGCCGUUGUACCCCCCUGGCGACAGGACUAGUCAAUGUGUUAACGAUUUUGAAUGAUUUAAAUUUUUUACUAUUUAUUAAACACUAAAAAAAAUGCUUACAAAGUUUCUAGUGUUUAAGGUUGACUGGAAAAUAUUUCUGAAAAGUGAUACGUUGAAAAUUAUGUCUUGGAUCUAUUAACCAAUAAAACAGAUGCAGCGUAUUUACAUUUGCAACGUUUUGUUAGUUAAAAAAUCCAAGAAUAUAAAUAAUUAUCAAACUUUUAAUAUGUUACUGUGACAAUCUCUCUUAGCUUUUUAAUUUUUGAUUGUAAAAUUAUGAACACAAGAAAACAGCGCAUAAUGUACUUAUAUCGUCAGUAUUAACUGUUAUCCAUGAUGUUCUCAUGAAAAGUAUUUCCUUGUACAGUUUUUAAAUGUAAUUUUAUCUCUACAAAAAAUUUUGUGGAACUUUAUUUUUUGUAUUUAUACAAAUAAAGGCAAAGCUAUUAUCGUUGCA